AUGCAUCUCCGGAUACUCUGCAUAAUCUUGGCCCUCAGCAUGGUGGAUUCAAUUUGCUGCCGCUUCAUCCGCUUAUCCCGAUCUACAACGGACAAUGACAUCGAUGCAUCCACCGAAGCCUACUCCUUUGACUUGACAUCCGAGGAAUCGAACGACUUCACGGACGAUGCGAAGCGCUUCAACCACCCAAUGCCCACGAAAUAUGAUCGGAAUUGCUGGUUCUCGCCGCUCGGAUGCCUGUAUCCGAAAGGCGUCACAGCGGGCUCCCCACACAAAAUGACCGCUUCCUUAAAAGUGCACAACCCAACCCCAUCCACAAUGUUCUACAGAGUCUAUUCAUCACAUUCCGUAUACUAUUCACUUUAUGUCAGCCCGGUAUCAGGCAAACUUCUACCCGGCCAAUCCGUAGAAAUCCAAUUCGUGCUCCCGUCAAUUGCCUCCGUGCGCCACUCAGCACAGCCGCUCCAUUUUGUACUCCAGAGUACAACGGCUUCCGCAAAUUCGGAUAUGCGCACGUUUUGGAGGUAUGUCGAUCUUUUGGACAUUGUUGAGAUGCCGAUUAGAGUACGAAUCAUGCCUUUUGAGGAAGAUAUUUGGAAUUUCCAUGAUACUGAAGCGUCGUCCAGCGAAGACGAGCCGGUGAAACGGAAAAAACCGAAAGAGGUGGACGAAAAAAGUGGAAAAGCGGAGUUGUCUCUUGCGGAAGAAGCCCGUCAUGACGUCAUCAUACGCCUUAUCACGGAAAAUCGAUCCCUUCGUGCACGAGUACUCUCCCUAGAAAAAGCAGAAGACUAUUACGAUCAGGUUCUAAGGCGACACACAGAGCUUGUCGAAGAAAAUUCACGACUCCGCAGUCGGGUGGAUAAGCUUGAGAUCUCUCAGGUCCCAUUUAAUUGCUGUGUUUGCUUGGAAGAGAAGCCGAAUACAAUUUUGUAUCCGUGCCGUCAUAUCGUCAUGUGUCGGAAUUGUGCUUCAAAUUCGGGAAGUCGCUGUCCGAUGUGUCGUACCGUGAUCACACAAAAAGCUGCUGUAUAUUUU